AUGAUGAGUCAGAGUCUCAAUGCAUUGCGGAGCGGGACCGCAUGUUUUCCAACCACUAUAGCGCAGCAGCGUCGAUGGAUAACACGACUGUACACAUCUUAUUACCCCGGUGUGUUAUAUCCCAACCAGCUUGUGCAGCAUAAACAGCGUCUGCCACCGGGCGUCAGUCUCAGUACGGCGCUGAAGGCAAGAACCCAAACGCGACAAGAGCAACCUGUGGCUGGAAGAGAGGUUCCCGAGGAGAAUGAGACACGUGGUGUUUCAUGGACCGACGCCAGCAGCACGGAUGUGAUGCAUACUGGCAAUGCAAGGAGACAGGAGAAGGUGUCUGUCGCCACAGGUCGAUCUUACGUGCCGCUUGGUGAGGUGGCUAAGUUGGAGUUGCAAGGGGAUUAUUGUAUGGAAGGAAGUUUAUUCCAGGAGGCGUUGGAGCGUUACGGUGUUGUUGCCAAGGCGUACUCGAUUGCCUACCCCGAGAACCAUUCACAGCGUAUUGGUAUUUUAUUAAAGCUCGCUAGUGCCUUUCGUCACGUCGGUCGACUUGAUAGCAGUAAGGUAAAUAUUGAAAAUGCGUUACAAAUGUUGGAUGCAUCGAGUCGACCGUCCCUUGAGCUUAUAUGUGAAGCCCUGUUGGAACUGGGAUUGACACGAGAAGCACAGAGCAUGAAAAAGGAAGGCGCAGAGGCCUAUGAGGAGGCAGUGGAGGUGUUAAAUCUUUUCCACAACUGGGGCGAAUCACAUCGAAUGUUGCGUUUGCUUCCACGUCUGGGGCGUCGCUUCAACCUCAACUUUGAGGAGAAAUUUGUGUACUUCAGUCCGUUUGACUACGACCGCACCUUCGCCAUUGCAGACCAGUGCAUGGAGCGUGCGGAGAAGGUCUAUCGCGAAACCGGGGACAGUAAAGGCAUCAUUCGCGUGCUUCAGUGCAGAAAGGAGAUGAUUGACAAAAAGUUCUUCAAUCUUCGUGACUUUGCUGGACGCAUACACACAAUGCGGGGGCAUUGGAUGCGGCGCGCGCAGCAUUUAACAAACGCCCCGACACCCGAUGAGCUGCUGCGGUACACGCCAACCAUCCAUCAGGUCUAUCGCGACUUUAAGUACGAACUCACGGCCCCGAUUGGUCGUGAGAAGGAGGUGAUGCCUGGUGUCAAUCGCGUAGUGCUCGACAUGGGCAAUCCCUACCGCCGACGCGGGCGAUUGUCGAACAAAAUGUUGCGUGAUGCCGAUCACAAUUUUGCCAAUUACGUCCGCCGAGAGGAGUACAAUGCGUGA